UCAACCAUUGCGCCUGAAUCUAAUCACUAUAUACUGUCGAAUCAUGGAAGAGUUUUACAGUACAGACAAAGCUCAAAUGCUGUGUUUCUUAUCUAGAUAAAUAUCGAGAAAAUAUAGUGGUAUAGCGGGAGAAUAUUCGUUUUGGCGCAGACGUGUAUAUGGUUUUGCCAGUAGGGUAGUUUUUUCUUAUUUGUAACACAUGAGGAUGUUACAACACGAAGAAUAAGCACCAUGAACACUGAAGGCUAUAGAAGAAGAGUAAUCAUACACGGGUUGAUGGAAACGUAGCCUUUAGCUAUUAAGAAAAAAAUUGGCCACUUUCCCCCACAGUUUCCGACAAACCCGCCAUGAUGGAAACCUACAGUGCAAUGUUCCUCACGGAAAACACCACCUGGUCCGGGCCCUCAUACGACGUGAUCUCCACCGAAAUGGUCUCUACGACAGUGGGGAACACGACUGAUAACCAUACCACCGAGUCCACUGCCAAGCGGGACAUGGCCAACGCUAAAAUGAUCGUGCUGGGGAUAAUACUUUUUCUAGCCAUUGUCGAAAAUCUAUUUGUCAUCAUUACGCUGUUUUUCCGGAGACAAAAACUAAGUCGAAUGUUGGUGUACAUUUUUCACCUGAGCAUCGCAGAUUUACUGAGCGCUCUCUUGGGGACUUUACCAGAACUUGUGGUUGGGAUAACAGUAAGAUUUUUGGGCGGGGACUUUCUGUGUAAAAUAUACAAGUAUUGUCAGUUAGUAUCCAUGUACGCGUCUGGGUACGUGCUCGUAAUGACGGCGGUGGACCGAUACCUUGCCAUCUGCUACCCGCUUCGAAGCCAGAAAUGGAGCCCCCGAAAAGCACACAUGAUGGUGGCCAUCGCAUGGGGUAUUAUUUUAGUCUUGAGUGUCCCUCCCUUUUUCAUAUUUGGUCUGGCACCCAAUAAAUACGGUCUGAUGGAUUGUAUGGAGUACUUCGUCCACCCAGAAUGGAGCAUCCAAGUCUACGUAACCUGGCUUGCUUUCUCCGUUUGGUUCUUGCCGAUGGCCAUUUUGAUUUUCACCUACGGCCGAAUCUCGUACGUGGUGUGGAUCAACGUUAAGUCAAAAGAAACGCCAUCAGUGAAGAGCGUCAGCGCCCGCACGAGCUACAAAUCUCAACAACAUGACGACGUUAAAGCCAUGACCAAUGGGACUUACCCGCCAAGGACCCCUCGGGCACACGUCCAGAGAUUGUCCAGGGCGAAACUAAAGACCAUCAAACUGACACUGACCGUGGUCAUCGUAUACGCUAUGUGUUGGUCCCCGUUCUUCAUUACCCACUUGUUGUACGCCUUCAAUGCUAAGUUGGCUAGUGGAACUUCCAAUUUGCUAUUGAUGAACCUCAUGAUGAUGCUAGGGAACCUUAACAGCUGCACAAACCCUUGGAUAUAUCUCUGUUUUAUCGACGGUCUAAAGAACCGCAUAUGUCGACGGCGACAGCCUCCCCCAAGGAAUAACUCGACCUUCUCCAGCACCAUGAGGUCCACGCGAAUGACAUCGAUAAAAUCGUCGCCGAUGUCAGCGCUAAAGCACGAUCUGAGUACGGAGAGAAAUGACAUAUUGCUUAAACAAAUGUCAAAGUCAGACCUGGCACGAGAGGACAAACCGGUCAUACGUGAAGAGUCGGAUUCCUUGUUUACGAGUAUGUAGCGAUGGACCUUCGUCAUAGCUGGAUAUUACUUAACAUUAAGGGGACAAGCAAGGUAUACACUUGAAAAUGCGGAACGGUGUUCGUGGCUGGGUUUUCGUAUGAACCUAGCAGAUAACUAAGGACAAAGAAUUUUAAUGCUGCACUCUGUCUUAUGUACAAGUUUUUCGAUGCCACGUGAAAGCGAGAGUAAUGUAAUAUCUAAUCGGAACUGUUUUCCGCACAAAACCAAUUGAACGUGAAAAGACAUGCAUAGAAAACGCACUCGGAGCAAGUGAUAAGCGUAAAAUACAUAAUGAAUACUCAGAAUGGCAUUUUACUCUAUAACAAUUGCAAAUACAAGUGAAGACGACCUGAAUCAUUACUGUAAAAUCGAUUCUUUAGAUUAUCAAAGAUCCUUUAGUUUUUUCCCAAAAAAAUGCUUUAUACGCCAUAUCUUUCUGUAAAACAUUUAAAAAUGAGGGGACCUUUUAUUGGUUUUGUUCCUUGGGUCAAAAUAGAGGGGGACUCCGGGAUGGUUGGUCGCUGUAAGUCUAAGUGCACAAUAUAUGUAUAUUAUUGACUGUUCGAUCCCUGAUGUUUAACGCUGUUGUUGUUAAUCUGCAUGUGUAGAAGCUGCCUUUUUCAGGUGAAAGAGAAUGGUCAAAAUGGCGUCGGCUUCUGCUUACCGAUGGAGGUAGGCCUACUUGGGAGUCAAUGUUUGAUGUAUAAGAGGGAGGGAAAGGGGGGUGGGUGAUACAUUAAGGUUAAUUAUUAUAAAAAAAUUGCGAUGACUUGGAGUCUUGCAAAUCAAUCAUUGUGAGUGAUUUUUAGUGAAAUAUGAAUGAUUUCACACGCAUUUCUUGGCAAAAGCAUUUGUAAUUUUAUCUUGAUAUAUUUUUGUAGAAAAAGUGUUAUGAAAUUUAUUAUACUUGUCGAAAUGGAAAUUGUAGUGUUGUAUGUAUCAUAUGUUGGGUUUUGUAAAUACACGAUACUCGGUAUGUAUCUCUGUAGAAAACCAUGGCUUAAUAACUCUUUGUGUUUCAGUGUGUUUGCGAUAAUACAUAUCACAAUGCCAGUUGUAGCUUUAUUAAUUACGUGCUUUUUUUAACGGCCACCUCCUCAUCUGACGUCUGGGACUGAAAAGCAAAGGGUAAAAUAUGUAUGUAGUUUAUCUGCAAAAAACAACAAAUGAAUAACAUCGAGAGAUAUUUCUAAAGAUGAUAAAGAACAAUUUACAUAUUUUUUCUAUAGUUUUAUGUACAAUUGUAUGUAUAAACGUUACCGAUUCCAUGUAAGAAACACACGGCUUCAUAUAGGCAAGGGCACUGACAUUUGACAUUUUUCUGAUUGGAAAUCUUUUGUUCAACACGAAACAUAUGUAUACCUUACGCACUUAGAUGAUUGGAGUGUCAGUCUCAAUGUGGCGCUUGCUAAAUUAGAGUUAUAGUAAUUAUAUAUAAAAGAAAAACUAUAUUUUUCAAUAAUCCGUUGCUUAUGAGAUCACGCCAUUCAUCCAUAAUCCAAGCACAGUGUAUUGAAUAAUAGUGUAAAUAUCAUCAAAGCGUGCAACAGAGACUGGGAUUCUAUUACUUUCGGUCAUUUGACUAGCCCAAAGGCAGACUCUGACCCGGUGCUUCGACAAAAGAGGAGAGGAGACACGCAGCCAACAGAAUCAUGCUCCACGAACGUCUAACUGCAAAAACGCCCCAAGUUAAACCAAUUUUCCAACCAUUUCCAUCGCAAAGGGGGUGUGU